AAGGACGGCGUGGAUGAAUCCUCCUUGCACUCGGAUUGUACUAAACUCGUGGGGUCGGAUUGCUGGGCCGUAAAUUCAGUAUAUGUGUGUGAUAGACCUUGUUGCAUUCAAGUCCGCCAUGAGAGGUACGUACCUUACAAGGGAAAGAACCUGACACUGCCAUGACUCAGUGGGUCUUUUCAUACCGUCCAUCCUGCUUUUUACCUGUUGAACUGACUCACCGACUCCCCUUGGCCGUAAGAAAGAAGGUAUUAGGUACUGAUCUAGGGAUCGGCCACCAGCACUAGCACUACUCGAUCGAACACCGAAGGUUUGGCAAGGCUCGGAGGCCCCAUGCUCGAGGCAUGCGUGCUGGCUGUUAUGUUAGUGUAUGCUUGUUCAACCAAUCCACUGCACGGAGUUCGUUCAUCCAGUGCGAGAAAUAUCUGGCCUGGCUGGAAUGUUCUUCAAUCAGGUCCUCUACCUCAGUCAUCAUCCCUCCAUCCAUUUCCUACCUGAAUUCUCAACUCAACUGGCGACCAAAGGGAUCGCGGCCACGACGAGUGACACAGGCGACGAGCAGUAAGGGGCAAGCGGGAAGCGACGACUGACGACCGUUGGUGUUUGGUGCUGGACGAAGAAGUUCAAGUUGGUUUGCUCCCACGAAGGGACUGAAUUGCAACACCCGAAAGGACACACCUCAAACUCAAAUCUUGGGAUUGAGGACGAGCCCUAGUUUGACAUUGCUUGAAAGUAUUAGUAACGGAGUGACAAGCGUUGUGAUUGUCCGUUUCGCGAACAGACCACCCCAAGCUCACAAUGGCGUUGAUGCGAUCCGGAUCGGCGCGCUCGACUCUGUCGAUGAUGCAGCGAAAGGCCACGAAAUAUCAGAAGUUCCUGAAUCUCAGCAACGUGUUCCUCUUGAUCACCUCUACCAUUUUGAUCUUUUCGGCCGUGAUCCUAAUCAAGUUCUAUCAUAUUAACAAGCUCGACUUCUGGUCGUCCUACUUUUGGGUGGCGCCCAUUCUCAUGAUCGUUUUGGGGGUCUACACUUUCCUGGUUUGCGUCUAUGGAUUCCUGAUCUCGGGCUCGGAGAAUCGAGCCUUGCUCGCCUUGUAUGCCCUUCUGCUCUCGAUCGCCUUCAUUACCCAGCUCAUCAGCAUUUUCACGGCCAUGGAAGUGCGGACCAAAGUGGCCCAAUCCAACAUAGGCUCAGUGGCCGUGAACGACGAUCUCAGUAAAUAUGGCGAGGAUUGGUCCGUCUCCUCCAAAUGGGACGAUCUCCAGGCGGAUCUCCAUUGUUGCGGCGGGAAUAACUUCCUCACGGGCUACAACGACUACCGAAAUACGCCCAUCGGAAAGAAUUUCUCUGUGCCUGAUUCGUGUUGCCAUAAUCGCGUGGCAGGCUGUGGUCAAGGGAUCUUCCGAUUCCAAGAGGCCGACAUUCGGAAUCGCAUCUUCUUGGAUGGCUGUCUAACCAUCCUGAAGGACAAAUUGGAAACGGACGUCAUCCCGAUGAUGAUCGUCUACGCCUGCAUUGGCGUUCUCUUGGCCAUUGUGGAGCUCAUCACGGUGGUAUUGGCGUGCGCCUAUGUAGCCCAGAUUACACGGAAAAUCCAACGGGAAGAGAAAAUGUGGCGCCAUGGGUCGGCGGAUCGCAAUGGCGACGACGAUGUCGUGGACACCUUGAACCAUGAGACCAUGUGUUAAAAAGUGCGCUUGGAUUGAAGAUCAAGAAGUAAACAAAAUCUCUUGCCUAAUACUGUAAAAAGAUCUAUAAAUAUUCAGUUAUAUACAAAUGCACGAUCGGUAAGUUUGUGAGAGUACAACACAUAUUUUGAGAAUAUCCGUUGCCAAAACAGAAUAACAAUAAUAAUAACAACAAUAAACGCCACUAAUGUUCACGUCUUCCACUUGAA